CUACAUCGACUCUUUGAAAGGUUUGUGCUAUGAUGGGAUGGAGGGAUUGCUCUACCUCUCCCUUUACUCCUUCCUCUCUGCGCUGGCCUUCACUGCCAUCCUCUGCUCUCUGCCCGGCGCCUGGAGGAGCUUCCCCAGUGAAUCAGAGGAGUAUGAAGACUCGGACAGCGAGAGUGAGGACCCCUUCACCUCCCAUCAGGACUCCAAACGUUUCCUCCAAUGGCAACCCUGGCUAUGAGAGCCUACCCCUGACUGACAGGCAGUCCCCACCCCCCUCUUACUCUCCCAGCAUGCUGACUGGUUACGGGGGAGGUCAAUCACACCCCAACCCCGCCCAUUCGAGGAACCUGUAUUCACGUUGAUUAUUAUUUUUUUGUUAGGAAAUGUAUAGAAAAAAAUAUGUUUAGUUUUCAUAUGAAUGGACACUUUACUGAAAUGAAAAAGAAACUAAUCUAAAUAAAAUGAAUGCUAGGUGUGAAUUCAAAGUGCAUAACGUCAGAACCACUGAGUAUUAUUAUUAGAAGCACUUAAAAGAAACAGGUCCAAAUGGACUGUUGAUAUAACCGACAAUGAUAUACUGGUAUAUGGUUGUGCAAAUAUGAACCAAGUCCACCUGGUCUAAAUUAUUUCCCCUCGUCUGUCCAAACUCUGUGUAAACUGUGAACAGUGGUGAGGCAAGUCAGAAUGGUAUUGACGUUACUACGUUGUAGUUUUAUAUUCUUAAAUGUAUCAGUACCACCAAUUUAUUUUUAAGUUUUUAUAUAAAUAUUGUUGUAGAAAAGCCCUGGCACGUAGCAACAAGACACUUUUUUUUCUUCUGUGAAUGGUUAUGCAGUUCCCUCACUUGGUAUCAUGUUUUUUUAUUAUUACUUUUUAUAGGUGGCAAUUCUGUAUUUUCCUUGUAUUACCUAAUGGUAUUCUGUAUAUGUCACUGUCUAUAAUAUCUGAAUAAUCAUGAACAUUUGCUCUUUAAAAAAAAAUACUUGAGGGCUACCAAGAAGACCCUGUUUUAAUGAUUGAAUGGAGAACUACAACUGCCACUAAAGAACUACAAAUCCCAUGCAAUGAUAGCAGGCACAUAGCAAUAUGAUUCUUGCUACUGGCGCUGCAGUAGCCCUACCGUAACUAGCAAUAAUAACUAUGUAUGGCAUUGGGUUUCUGAGAUCUCUCCAAGAGGUUUUGUGUAUAUAUGGUCUGGUAUGAGAUUUCAUUGAAUCCCCCCUCCCUGCCAACUGACCUUGUUAACCCCUUGAAUUGAGUUUGUAUGGUUAUCAAUGCUCCUUUUGAAUGGCAUCCUUUUACACUCAAGAGUCUAAUAUAAAUAAAAGAUAACUUCAAUAACCUUCA